UACCUUGUUAAGUGAUUCAAAAGUUAAUGACGACCAGUGCUAAAAAUAAGUAGGUACUACAAUCCCUCACUUAUUCAAUUACCGCUAGCUUUGGAGAGCAAUUACAUUAAAAUGCAUACGCUGUUUAGUGAGCAAAAUGCUUACUAUAGGCACGCAACAGCCGUUCCGAUGGGCAUGGGUACCCCAUCCUAUCCAAGUGUUGGAGCUGCUCCAGGCUAUUAUGAGGCGCAAUAUCGUUACGGUAGUUACGCGACAGCUGCAGGUUACCCCGUAACGGGCAUCACGCAACAACACAUUCAUCACCCAGGCAAAGAUAUGGUCAAACCUCCGUAUUCAUACAUUGCCCUAAUUACCAUGGCAAUUCAGAAUGCGCCAGAUAAAAAGAUUACCUUAAACGGUAUAUAUCAAUUCAUAAUGGAAAGAUUCCCAUACUAUAGGGAGAAUAAACAGGGUUGGCAAAACUCAAUUAGGCAUAAUCUAAGUCUAAAUGAAUGCUUUGUAAAGGUACCGAGAGAUGAUAAGAAGCCUGGAAAAGGUAGCUAUUGGUCAUUAGACCCUGAUAGCUAUAAUAUGUUUGACAAUGGUUCAUAUUUGAGACGCAGAAGACGAUUUAAAAAGCAAGAUGCUUUGAAAGAAAAGGAGGAAGCAAUGAAGCGACAGAGUCUCAUCCAGACAAAACAACGAGGAGAUGAUAACAAAAACUCCUUAAAUAUUGUAGUACAAACCACGGGAGAUUUAACGAAUUCCAAUAGUAAAAAGCACUUAGAUCAAAGUGUAUUAUGUAAACCCAAAAGGGAACCCAUUAAUGAUCCUAUCUCAACAACGCAUUGUUUGGUUAGUAGCAAGUACCACAAUCAUCAUAGUCCUAUCCAAGAUAGCAAGAAUAUAACUAACAACAAUGUCCAAAGUGUCAUACAAAGUUCCCUAGUGCCAAAUCAUCAGAGCAAUCCCCACCAUCAACAACACCAUCAAAAUCCAACGAUUCAAGAUGUAUCGAUGGCUGGGCUUGAUCCAACGAGUUUCAGCGUAGACGCUCUUAUGACUAAUAACCGAGAUACGAACAACCAGAUGAUAAGUAGUCAACUCGCAAGAGAUCAUCAACAGCAACAUCAUCAACAACAUGGGAUUCAGCAACAUACACAUGGGUCGCACAGUAUAAUGGCAACCCGUCCAGAACCAACUAUGGGGGGGAGUGUCGUCUCGGCCGGUGUCAACACAAGGGAUCUGGCGGCUGUUGUAACAACGUCAACCACUGCAACAACAUCAUCCGUCGCUGCUAUGAUGGCUUCUUCCGGCUAUGGACACGUAACGACCAGUAGUAUUGCUAGAGCAAAUCCAUCGCCGUCUUCCAAUAUGUAUCCAGCGUACUGCCCGUCGGGAUAUAUUAUGGAUCACACGGAAUACAAUUCAACUUCAAGGAGUCACAAUAGCGUAGGACACGCGCAGUGGUAUCAAGAAGCUGCAAGUCCAGACACCGCAACAAUGUAUCAGGAAACCCAGUCGCCCAGUUGUCAAUUAUAUAGAUCAAGUCCGCCUACACCUCUAUCUGGAGCUGCACCAUCACCUCCUCUGUAUCAUCGCUAUUAUCAGGACUGCAAUGCCGUCAACACCAGUGGUAAUCUACCUAUAACGCUGCAUAAAUACUGAGAAUAUAGAUAUUCAAGGCCCUAUAAUCGGGAUCUUGAAGAACGCCAGCAACAAGGAGCUACCGAUAUUAAUACUGGUAGUAACAAUCCCUACG